GCAGCUGUAAUUCCCAGAUCUCAUUUUUAAGGGAUAACCUGCUUUAAAGCAUAGUCCUAUCAAGUGUUUAAGUAUUUGCUCGUUUUCUGCUCGUUUGGGAUUAUCCUGAUUAAGGGGAAGCAGGGAGAAUGGUGGUUAACGUUUCUUAGGGAUGUAUUUUUUUUGCAGUGCAGAAGUUGAUUAACAAAAAAGAACCUCUGAAUUAAAAGUAUCUCGAAUUAAGAUUCUCCAGAAGCAUCACAGUCUUGUGGUAUGAAAAUAUAGUUAAACUCCAAAGAUCAUUUAAUGAAUGAAGGAGAAUCAAUGAUUUUACAGACUAAAGCGUGCAAAAGGGAGCCACAUUUAAGCCUUUGGCUGUGUCUCCAGCAGUGUGAGUUGUUGUGAAUAACUGGUUUCUGUGUGGGACCUUUCCAGGCAGGAUUGGAGAUGGAUUGUACGACUCCUAUAUGAGGAUAGAUGACUGUAGAUACCCAGAGCCUACAAAUGAAGAACACAGCCCUUCAGGGCUUCCUUCCCUUUCAAGACCUCAUGUUUCUAUCAACAAACUCAUAAUGAAGGAUCACUCUCUGACUGGAAAUCAGGUCAAAGUGGAGCAGUUAUUUGAGGACUCUGGCAACAGAAGGAGCAGCACUCUUCAGUCUUCAGGCCUUACUCCGGAAAGAUCUCUCCCUUCCCUGACAAAAGACAAAACCCUAGAGAGCCUGGGUCCCAGAGGCAAUGGGAGCUCCUUGAAAUCACAUAAAGCCAUCUCCCAACCUCCAGAGCAAGCUGUCAAGCAGUUCAAACAUCAGCUGUCAGCUUAUGAGCUGCAGGAGAUCUUUAGUUUCUCUGAGAUUUACUUUGUGGGGCCGUCUGCCAAAAAGAGGCAGGGGGUGAUCGGCGGCCCCAACAACAGCGGCUACGAUGACGACCAAGGCAGCUACAUCCACGUGCCCCAUGACCACCUGGCUUACAGGUAUGAGGUGCUCAAAAUCAUUGGCAAGGGAAGUUUUGGACAAGUCGCUAAAGUCUACGAUCACAAACUCCACCAACACCUGGCCUUAAAGAUGGUUCGCAAUGAGAAGAGGUUCCACCGCCAAGCCGCCGAGGAGAUCAGGAUCCUGGAGCACCUGAAGAAGCAGGAUAAAACAGGCAGCAUGAAUGUGAUCCACAUGCUGGAAAGCUUCACCUUUCGGAACCACAUCUGCAUGACCUUUGAACUCUUGAGUAUGAACCUGUAUGAGCUGAUUAAAAGGAAUAAGUUUCAGGGCUUUAGCCUCCAGCUGGUUCGGAAGUUUGCUCACUCCAUCCUGCAGUGUUUGGAUGCUCUUUACAGAAACAAAAUCAUCCACUGUGACUUGAAGCCAGAAAAUAUCCUCCUAAAACAGCAAGGGAGGAGUGGAAUCAAGGUUAUAGAUUUUGGGUCCAGCUGUUUUGAGCACCAAAGAGUCUACACAUACAUCCAGUCCCGGUUUUAUCGGGCACCAGAGGUGAUCCUGGGCAGCCGCUACGGGAUGCCCAUAGACAUGUGGAGUUUUGGCUGUAUCCUGGUGGAGCUUUUGACUGGCUACCCUCUUUUCCCCGGAGAGGACGAGGCAGACCAGCUGGCCUGUAUAAUGGAACUUCUUGGAAUGCCACCUCAGAAGCUUUUGGAUCAAUCCAAGCGAGCCAAGAACUUCAUCAACUCCAAGGGUCACCCCCGUUACUGCACGGUGCAGACGCAGCCGGACGGGAAGGUGACCCUGAGCGGGAGCCGCACGCGCCGGGGCAAGCUCCGGGGUGCCCCAGGGAACAAGGACUGGGUGACAGCUCUGAAGGGCUGUGAUGACCCCUUGUUCACUGGAUUCCUGAAGGAUUGCCUCAGCUGGGAUCCUUCUGCACGCAUGAUUCCCAGCCAGGCCCUGCGGCACCCCUGGAUCUGCAAACGGGUGCCCAAAGCCCCCAGCUUGGAGAAAAGCUCCAGCAGACGGAUUUCGAGCUAUUCGGGUUCCUUCCAAGGAAUUGCUAACAAGCUGCCUCCCGUGGCUGCAGUCCCCAACAAGCUGAGGGCCAGUCUGGCCACUGAGCCCAGUGGCAACAUCCCUCUGUGUACUGUGCUCCCCAAACUGGUCAGCUAGUGGGGAGUGCUGGGCUCCCAGGAUACACCCGUGGGUGUAAACUUGUCUGUUCAUGCUGUGGGAGGAAGUUAAAUGCAGAGGGAUUCUAAUGGAUUUACUUUUUGUUAGGGGCUCAGUCUGGAAUACUGGAAGAUCAGUCAAAAAUAUGCACAUUAAAGGGCUGAUUUUAUCCAGUUGCUUCACUCACACCUGGUGCAUAUUCCACUGCUGAGGUUUCAGCUCAGCUGGGGAGUACAGAGACAGUUUGGCUGAUGUGCUGUUUAAAAAUGCUGGUUUAGAAAUCAGACCAUUUCUUAUCAUGGUUCAACAGGUUCUUUUGCUUCAGGCAAGAAAAAAAACUUGAUUUAAACUCUUGUGUUUUCAGUUAUCUCCAGCUGAACUCUUUCUCUUCUAGGGGAAAGUUAUUAAAUCUCUUGUCAAAAGCACAAAUGCAUUCAUGUAAUGCAUUAGGAACCUACUCGCAAAUUGCUUGAGUUUGAAGAAUUUUAUUUCUCUGCAUUGCUUUUCCCUUAUCUAUCCUGGGAUUUAAAAAAAUGUGAUGGGAUGUAGACACCAAAGGAAUUUGUUGUUGGAAAGGAAAAUACUCAGAUGCUAAAAUUUCAAAGCAGCAUAGAAAUGCCAUGAAACACAGGACAUAUCUAAAUAAAACUAUUAAUUUCCAUAACACUUGCUAUUUUCCCCCUAAAAAUCUAUGGAAAGCUUGUUGGGGGUAUUUGGGAUCAGGCCUGGUCCAUCACCAGUGUGAGCCAGUUUGUUCAGGAAAUGAUUGAAUUCUCUGUUUCUUUGGAGCUCAGAUUUCCAUCAUGAGUUCUGCCAGGUGUGUGUCUUUGUUUUUUCCUGUAUUUCUAAAACAAAAAUGUUGAACUUCAAGAGCUGGUUUAUAUCCAUGUUUGAGAUUCUGGUAAUUGCAAAAAAAUUAUCUCUUUGUGUAGAGUGAAUUCCAUUGAGUUACAUGAAGCUCUUUUAAUAAAAAUGCAAACAUGCCAUCCCUG